AUGGCUUUGUUGAUGGUGGUGUUAGCAGCUGCUCCUGUGCGUGGUGUGAAUACAUUUGACACAGGCGCCGGUACAGUGUACAAGCUAAGCGUAACUCAAGAUGUCUGGCUAGAGAGUGGAAACCGAAAUUACAACAAUUACGAAUAUCUCAUAGUGUCCAAAAUCCCGAGAUAUCCUAACAAGCGCACACUGGUCCAGUUUGAAGAUCUUCCCAGUUCAUGUCCGUCCAAAAAUGUAACUUCAGCCAAAAUGUACCUGUACUAUAUAUAUUCCCACAAACCAAGUUUCAUGUCAGCAAAAAGUGUUCCUUUCAUUCCGCGUUAUUUGCAAGUGCACCUGGUUAAAAAACCAUGGGACGAAUCUCAAACAACCAGUACUAUGCGCCUACGUGGUAUCCCUUGGUCUUCCCCAUGGCUAGCGCUCGACGGCACCGACGCUGAGGCAACUCCCCAGCAAGGAACUGUCACUAUCUUUCCCUACCGACCCUCAGGAUUUGUAGAAUUUGACGUCACGGAUGCAGUGAAAAACUGGAGUAGGGGAGUACCUAAUAACGGCUUGGUGAUACGCGCAACGAACGAGUUGGUUCUUGGCAGGAGUAAUCGCUUUGCCAGUAACGGAAAUUCUGAUACUUCAAAGCAUGCGUAUGUUCUGGUGCACUGCAGUGAUGAAGUUGGGCCAUAUACUCCGUCACAGCAACCUUAUACGACUGCCAACUCGAGUGAUAGCGAUGGAAAUCGUUCCUAUACUUCACCACCACCCCCACAGCAGCCUUAUACGACUGCCAACUCGAGUGAUAUUCAUGGAAAUCGUUCCUAUACUUCACCACCACCCCCACAGCAGCCUUAUACGACUGCCAACUCGAGUGAUAUUGAUGGAAAUCGUUCCUAUACUUCACCACCACCCCCACAGCAACCUUAUACGACUGCCAACUCGAGUGAUAUUGAUGGAAAUCGUUCCUAUACUUCACCACCACCCCCACAGCAGCCUUAUACGACUGCCAACUCGAGUGAUAUUGAUGGAAAUCGUUCCUAUACUUCACCACCACCCCCACAGCAGCCUUAUACGACUGCCAACUCGAGUGAUAUUGAUGGAAAUCGUUCCUAUACUUCACCACCACCCCCACAGCAGCCUUAUACGACUGCCAACUCGAGUGAUAUUGAUGGAAAUCGUUCCUAUACUUCACCACCACCCCCACAGCAACCUUAUACGACUGCCAACUCGAGUGAUAUUGAUGCAGGAAAUCGUUCCUAUACUCCACCACCACAGCAGCCUUAUACGACUGCCAACUCGAGUGGUAGUGAUGGAAAUCGUUCCUAUACUCCACCACCACAGCAACCUUAUACGACUGCCAACUCGAGUGGUAGUGAUGGAAAUCGUUCCUAUACUCCACCACCACAGCAACCUUAUACGACUGCCAACUCGAGUGAUAGUGAUGGAAAUCGUUCCUAUACUCCACCACCACAUAUACACCAUGGCCACCACCACCAUAAGAUUUCCGCUGACACAUCAAACGGUAAUACUGUAGCUCAUAUAGGACACCGUUUUAUUUUUUUACAGUUUACAUUUGCAACUCGAAUUUUUACUGCAAAAAUCCAAGUUGUUCGAUUUCAAAAUUUGGAACUCGAAUUUUUACUGCAAAAAUCCGAGUUGUGUGCAUUUCAAAAUUUGCAACUGGAAUUUUUACCGCAAAAAUCCGAGUUGUGUGCAUUUCAAAAUUUGCAACUCGAAUUUUAACCGCAAAAAUCCGAGUUGUGUGCAUUUCUAAAUCUGCAACUCGAAUUUUAACCGCAGAAAUCCGAGUUGUGUCCGUUUCAAAAUUUGCAACUCGAAUUUUAACCGCAGAAAUCCGAGUUGUGUCCGUUUCAAAAUUUUGCAACUCGAAUUUCGAGUUGUGUGCAUUUCUAAAUUUGCAACUCGAAUUUUUACCGCAGAAAUUCGAGUUGUGUGCAUUUCAAAAUUUUGCAACUCGAAUUUCUAGUUGUGUACAUUCCUAAAUUUGCAACUCGAAUUUUUACCGCAGAAAUCCGAGUUGUGUGCAUUUUAAAUUUGCAACUCGAACUUUUACCGCAAAAAUCCGAGUCAGCUCAGAUUUUCACUGCAAAGGUUCAAGUCAAAAUUCAAAAUCCGAGUUGUGCAUUUCAAAAUUUACAGCUCGGACCUUUUCGUGUAGACACGUGGUUACCUUCUGAACGGUCAGGUUAUCCUCUUCCACAGGACGGGUAAGCUAUUUCAUUACGCUUUAUUCGAGAGUUUUGCAUACAAUAAUGUGUAUUACAGUACGUGUGACAGAGUAAUAUUUAAUUACCUGAUUUCUACGUUUUGCGUUGAAAGGGCUAAUGAAGCAUGACAUUUGUGUCAUCGAACCUGUUGUUGAUCCUGCUUCUACUAAUAGAGUCUUUAUCCUUAUCUGGAAGUGUCCUUCCGAGGUACAUAGCAACUAUAGAGGAUCAUAGGCAAUCUUGUAUCCUUUUUAACUGUUCUAAUUUUGCGUCAAUCUGAU